UUAGCUAGCUUUAGCGGUCAGCUAGCAGCGAUCGGUCGCAGCGGCGUCGGAAGAUGUUCGCUAGCGGACGAGAUUGCUUAAUCAACUAACUGACCCAAGUAAUCCGUGUGGAUUAUAACGUUAGUUAGAUAACAACGUCAAAAACAUAUAUUUUGAAAGGGACCAUGUUCACUAGCGAGGCAGCCAACGUUAUUUCUAACCUUUACUGGCUUAGUUUCGUGUUGGUGAAAAUAUUUCGGUCUUCCUUAUUCCUGAUGUCAUGUAGCUAACGGUGGUUAGCAUUGUUUCGAGGUUUUCAUUUAUUUACUUACUGACUAAACUACCCCGUUUGCGCCAGCUACAAACAACACAAACGUCAAGUUUUUUUUCUAUAGCGGAUGGCAUAAUCAUCAUUGUUGGUCAGCUGGAUCGUGGGGACUCAAAGACAGACAGCGUUUAUCUCCAGCUUCUCUCCCUUCAACACCCGAUGGAGGGCUCCGACAGUUCCGAGCCGGGCGCCAGUGACCAACCAGAGGCUCAGCGCAGGCGGCAACGGGACCGGCUAGACCGGGAGGAGGCCUUCUACCAGUUUGUCAACAACCUGAGUGAGGCAGACUACCGGCUGAUGAGAGACAACAACCUGCUGGGUACCCCAGGUGAGAUCACAGCAGAGGAGUUGUUGAGUCGGCUGCAGCAGAUUAAGGAUGGACCAGAGCAGCAGCAGCCUAGCAUCAACACCAGUGAGACUGGAGAAGCUACAGGAGAACCGACAGAACCUGCGGAAGGUCCAGAGGACCCGUCUAACGGCGACACCCUCUUGGAUUGGCUGAACACCGUCAGGCGGACAGGCAACACCACCCGCAGUGGUCACCGAGGCAACCAGUCAUGGCGGGCAGUGAGCCGGACCAACCCAAACAGCGGAGACUUCCGGUUCAGUCUGGAGAUCAACGUUAACCGUAACCUGGCUGAGCAGCAGGCCCGCGCGGAGGGGGAGACGGGCGAGGGGGAGGCCCAGGAGGAAGGCCCAGCAGAAGCACCUGGCGAUGGGGUGGAGGCAGUGGUCGGAGUGGAGGUCCAGGCAGGGACUGGGGCAGGGACUGGGGCAGGGACUGGGGCAGGGACUGGGGCAGGGACUGGGGCAGGGACUGGGGCAGGGACUGAGGCAGGGACUGAGGCAGGGACUGAGGCAGGGACUGAGGCAGGGACUGAGGCAGGGACUGAGGCAGGGACUGAGGCAGGGACUGAGGCAGGGACUGAGGCAGGGACUGAGGCAGGGACUGAGGCAGGGACUGAGGCAGGGACUGAGGCAGGGACUGAGGCAGGGACUGGGGCGCCCAUGGAGACAGGAGAGGUGCUGGAGGAACCAGUUGUGGAGGAGAUGGCUGUCAUAGUGGAACCAGAAGCGGAGAUGGAGCCAGAGGCUGAAGUAGAAGCAGAGAUGGUCCCAGAGUUAGUAGUAGAGGUAGUCCCACAGCCGCCCAGCCCUGUCACCGCCACCCCUCCUGUCUCCAGACCGGCCAGUCCCCUGGUACAGGCCGCCCCCGCCCCCCCCAGCCCGCCCCCUGAGGAGCCUCCCCGACGUGGCCAGAGACGAGCCCGCAGCCGUAGCCCUGAGCAGCGCCGGACCAGGGCUCGCACCACACGGAGCCGUUCCCCUCUCACCCUGGACCGACUGGACGGCCUCCCCCGCCACGUGUCCAACACCGCCCCUUCACACAGCCCCCCCACCCUGCCCCCCCAGGCCCCGGCAGAGGGAAGCUCACGGACUCGACAGCAUGUUCUGUCCCGGCAAAGCACUGCAGAGUACGAAGUCCAGUCAGCCGGAACAGGGUCUGGGAACGCCCCAGAGCCCGUUACCACCCCACCCCAGGAGGGAGAGGCCGCGGGCGGGGAGGGAGCAGCAGGACGACGCCCCCCCACUAUCAUGCUGGACCUGCAGGUGCGUCGUGUUCGUCCAGGUGAGUACCGUCAGAGGGACAGCAUUGCUAACAGAACCCGCUCACGCUCCCAGAACUCCAACAACACCUUCCUGUACGAGAGUGAGAGGGGGGGGUUCCGCAGGACCUUCUCCCGGUCCGAGCGUGCGGGUGUGAGGACGUACGUCAGCACCAUCAGGAUCCCCAUCAGGAGGAUCAGUGAUGCAGGGUUGGGAGAGGCCACCUCCAUGGCUCUGCAGACCAUGAUACGACAGAUCAUGACUGGCUUCGGAGAGCUCAGCUACUUCAUGGACUCAGACUCUGACUCCUCGGACUCAAACCGUGGCGGUGGUAACCCCACUGGCGCUGCCGACCUAGCAGAGGCGCUCAACACUCCCGACGGGGGAGUAGCUGGUAUGGCGGAGGGGGCGGAGCCUCCUGUCUCAGUGGGUGGGCCUAGUGUGGGAGGAGCUGGGGAGGCAAGGACAGAGGAGGGGGAAGAGGGGGUUGGUGUAGGUCUGGCCCCAGGGAUAGGUUUAGGGGUGGGGGGCACCCCCAGGGAGGGGCGAGCUCGGCCCCGUGCCCCCAUCAGUCUGGAGGAACCAGGGUCACUACCCUUCCUCCGCCUUGCUCACUUCUUCCUCCUGAAUGAUGAGGAUGAGGAACAGCCCAGAGGACUCACCAAGGAGCAGAUCGACAACCUCUCCACCAGGAACUUUGGGGAGAGUGAUGCUCUGAAGACCUGCAGUGUGUGUAUCACAGAGUAUGCUGAGGGGAACAAGUUGAGGAAGUUGCCCUGUUCUCAUGAGUACCAUGUUCACUGUAUCGACCGCUGGUUGUCUGAGAACUCCACCUGUCCUAUCUGCCGCAGGGCCGUGUUGGUGUCUGCUAACCGGGAGAGUGUGGUCUAACCUGGAGAGCUGGAGGUCAGGGGUCAGCGGUGCUCCAGGCAGACAGCUCCAGUAUGUAACACCGUGUCAGUUCUACAGGCCUUUCUCCUAGUCAGACCAUUUACAUUGUUCAUGUUUUCAUUCUUAAGACAUCACUGACUUUUAUCCAACUGACAUGCUGGUGUUUGGAGAGACGGAGAUAGAGACAGACAGGAAGGUGGUUUCCUCAUAGUGUAGUAAGAGACAUGAGAGAUGCCACUGUCCCAUUGGCCCACAGACCCCACUCUCCCUUACCUACUCUGAGAGGACCAACAGAGCCCACUCUCCCUUAUCUACUCUGAGUGGACCAAAAGACCACACUCUCCCUUACCUACUCUGGGAGGACCAACAGACCCCACUCUCCCUUACCUACUCUGAGAGGACCAACAGACCCCACUCUCCCUUACCUACUCUGAGAGGACCAACAGACCCCACUCUCCCCUACCUACUCUGAGAGGACCAACAGACCCCACUCUCCCUUACCUGUCUUACCCCAAAAGGGACUCCACUGUCCCCACCUGACCCUGCUCUCCACCUGAAAGACUUAACUGCAUUUAUCAAUACUCUGGAACGGCUCACAGACUGUCAGUGUGUCAAAGCUUGCUGAAUUAGUUUUUAAGUUAAAACUGUAGAAUGUUGUACAGGCUUUAAUGGGGAGAACAAGAUGUGACGGACUUGGAUUCCGUUGGGAAUUCUAUCAGUUUAUUUGGACUCGUAUUGCAUCAUAUUCAUGACAUCGGAAUCAAUAGUACUGAUUAUUGAUUAUGAACUGUGUUGAACCGUCGUUGAGAAGGGAUGUAGGUAUCUGUUAACUGAUGCUAGUAUGUAGUCUAACUCUAGCCCAUCACAUGAAGCAUUUUCUAUUUCUGCCCUCUGACAGUGUUUCAUCAUGACAUCUCGGAGUAGUAAUCUAGCAUCAGUCCAUCACUGUUAAUCUAGGAUCAGUGGCGGUCUAGGAUCAGUCCAUAUAAUCUUAUUCAUUAAACCUAAGUAGCCCAACUGAUCGUAGAUCAUCACCUAUUCUGGGACAAUUUGUGGAUACGGGUCCUGAAGGAUAACGACAACCUCCUAGUGAUCAUGACCUUGUAAUGUCACCAUGACAACCCGUUGAUUCUGCUACAGUAUGACCAGGAAGUGAACAGAGGGCUGCAUUAUGGCUCUGUCUCAAAUACCACCCUAUCUCUAUAUAGUGCACUACCCAUAGGACUCUGGUCAGAAGUACUGCUCUAUAUAGGGAAUAGUGACAUUUGGGAAUCACAUUUAUUAUGAGUUCCAAGUGUUGGUCAGACCCAGGCCAGGUUGGAGCCAGGCCAGGUUAGACCCCGGCCAGGCUGCUGCCUCUGUCCUGUGUUUUGGCCUAGAACUUCAACUACCAAGAGACAUCUUCAUAUCUGGAACACCAGUGCAAUAACUACAGAGUGGGAAAACUGAGACAGAAAAUAGGGAAAACAAAACGUAAUAUUCUCAACUUGUAUAUUAUUAUUUGUAAAAUAUUGUAGACUGAAUAUUCCCAGUUAAAAUGAAGACUUUGUUCCCUUUUAACAAUGUGUUAAUCUUUUUAUUUUCUAGAGCUGGGUUCUUUGUGUACAUUCUGAUAGCGCUCUCUCUUGUCGAGCGGUGGGCCUGUAGGAUGCUGUAGGUUGGCUGUUCACACAGAGGGAGGGAGUGUUCCAUGCCACGAUGACAUCACAUUCUAUAGGUUCCAUGUGUUCUCACGGUUGCCGUCAUUACCUCCUCCCUGUACAAAUAAAGUUUUGGGUGGUUGAAGCUCUGUUAUUGUUGAUAAUGA